ACCCUGCAGAUCCAGAGCACAAGAUCGUCGUCCAAGAAACACAGAUACACUAACAGAAGCGAGGAGCAAUCUAUCCUUAGAUUCUCUUCUAGUUUAGCUACUUGAUCGAUCUCGUAUCCAGCAAUCCAGCUUCAGGCACAUGGGGAGCAUUAGCAAAAGCACGGCCAACUGCGCCACCGUGCCGCAGCCACCGCCGUCGAAGGGGAAGCUCAUCACGAUUCUGAGCAUCGACGGCGGCGGCAUCCGCGGCCUUAUCCCGGCGACCAUCAUCGCAUACCUCGAGGCCAAGCUCCAGGAGCUGGACGGCCCAGACGCACGCAUCGCCGACUACUUCGACGUGAUCGCCGGGACGAGCACCGGCGCCCUGCUCACGUCCAUGCUGGCGGCGCCCGACGACAACAACCGGCCGCUGUUCGCCGCCAAGGACCUCACCACCUUCUACCUCGAGAACGGCCCCAAAAUCUUCCCACAGAGAAAGGCGGGUUGGCUGACGCCGGUGGCGAACCUGAUCGGCACGAUGAGGGGUCCCAAGUACGACGGCGUGUUCCUGCACGACAAGAUCAAGAGCCUGACGCACGACGUCAAGGUGGCGGACACGGUCACCAACAUCAUCGUGCCGGCGUUCGACGUCAAGUACCUGCAGCCCAUCAUCUUCUCCACGUACGAGGCCAAGACCGACGCCCUCAAGAACGCGCACCUCUCCGACAUCUGCAUCAGCACGUCGGCGGCGCCCACCUACUUCCCGGCGCACUUCUUCAAGACGGAGGCCACCGGCGGCAGGUCCCGGGAGUACCACCUCGUCGACGGCGGCGUCGCCGCCAACAACCCCACCAUGGUCGCCAUGUCCAUGCUCACCAAGGAGGUGCACCGUCGGAACCCGGACUUCAACGUCGUCGGCAGGCCGACGGAGUACACCAACUACCUCGUCAUCUCCGUCGGGACGGGGUCGGCCAAGCAGGCGGAGAAGUACACCGCUGAGCAGUGCGCGAAAUGGGGGCUGAUUCAGUGGCUCUACCACGGUGGAUUCACGCCGAUCAUCGACAUCUUCUCACAUGCCAGUUCCGACAUGGUUGACAUCCAUGCAUCCGUGCUCUUUCAGGCCCUGCACUGUGAGAAGAACUACCUUCGGAUUCAGGAUGAUAGUUUGACAGGCGAUGCAUCGUCAGUGGACAUCGCGACCAAGGAGAACAUGGAGUCUCUGAUUGGGAUCGGCCAGGAGCUGCUGAAGAAGCCAGUGGCGAGAGUGAACAUCGACACUGGGGUGUACGAAUCCUGUUCCGGUGAGGGCACAAAUGCAGAGGCGCUAGCUCACUUCGCCAAGCAACUCUCUGACGAGCGCAAGCUACGCAAGAGCAAUCUCAACUCCUACUAGUAUAGCUCUCAAUCCUCAAUUACAGCAUGCAUGGCGCUUGCCAACAAAUUCAGCACAAGGAUGGACAGGAUUGAAGAGUGGUCAUGUACUAUUUAUCAUUACUUAUUUUUAUUUUAAUUCAACAACAUUUGUACGGACCAAUAAACAUGUGAGUUAUAUCAUUUGUUUGUCUAUGAUCAAAAUAAUCAUUUCUUGCAGAUGCGAGGGUGAUUAUUAAUUGUUA